AUGUUUUUCUUCAAUCCCGGCCUCAAUAAUCUGGAACUCCGCCAGAUCAAAACCUCCAAUACCAUCUCGGCCCGCGUGGUGGAGCAGCUUCGGUGCAUGAAUGCACGCACAAACGUAACUUUGGCCUCGUUUCCGGAGAUUGAAAGCUCGACCGAUGGCGAGAAAGCCGAUUCUUCGGAUCCUGUGCGGAAAAUCUUCACAGAUUUCUAUUACGACGCCGAAAUCGGGAACGAUAAGCUCCAUUCUGUUCCUGGAAUUACAAUUGAUAACUUACUAAAGUAUCGUGCCCGUUUGAGUGCUGUUUCGGCAACUGGAGAAGAGCAAGGGGUGCUCAUUUCCAUCGUAGACCAAUACACACGCAUGAUCGUGCUCCACCAUUUGGCCAAUACGAUCAUUCACAAGACUUUGGUGGCUAAGACGCAGGUUGGGUAUUGGCGCGACGUGAAGAGCUCGACCAGAGCCAAAUUGGUGUAUGGAGUGCAGAGCUUACCGUACAGAACGUAUUGUGUUGUGUCCAAUGUAUUUGCAGAGGUGGCUGCGGCCUCCAAUAGUCUGUGGUCUGUGCGAAGAUUGUACAAUUUGAUCAUUGAGGCUUUUGGCAACGUUUUGGGCAAGACUGUUGACGGGUUUAGUGGUAACUUCAUUAUACAAAACUCGAAGCUCAAGUUCUUCAAGGUUCCUCUCGGAGCAUUGAAUGAGGAAAUUAAAGAAAAAAUAGAGGGACUCAAUACUUUAUUGGACGACUAUUACCGCGAUCUUGGGCUCAUUCUCAACAACAUCACCGAGGACUCGAACAUUGUGAGUCAAAUCUUGACCUCCUGUGGAUCUGACAUCGGCUGCCAGCUUGAAUCGAUAAAGAAGCUCGAGAAAGAUAAUUCGAAGAUCUACCAGUAUGCGCCGCCCAGCUUUUUUGCCCGUUACUGGCCAAUUUUGCUACUUCUUGUUAACUACGGGCCAUCCACCACAGUCAAUAUAUGGAAAAAUCGUUUUGAAAUAGCUGAGUGGUUCAAACUUAAUUUCUUUGAUACUGUGGUGGGAUUCUGGAACAACUGGAUUGUGAAACCUAUUGGAGACAUGCUCAGUAUUCUUAGAAACGACAACACCAUGACUAUCGCAUCUAAGGAGUCGCUUCAGUCAGAUCUCGACUCGCUUGAGCGUAUGGUCGAAGAGUUUAUGAAAGACAACCAUGUCCAAGUGUCGCCAGAGGAAGUUCACGCAGCAGUCUCCAAGGGCGACCUUACCAUGAUGAUGUCACAGUACGAGAAUGAGAUCCGCACCCCAUACAAGUCCAUUAUCAAAGGGCUGUUGAUUCGUUCGAUGUUGAUUCAGGUUCAAAAGACUAAGGUGGAUGGUGGAAUUGCCAUCAAUGGUAUCGACAAACUUCUCAAACUGCAGCAGCUUCUUUUUGGAGUGUUGUCUAUCUCUCCAUCGUUGUUCAUCUUGUGGCAGGGCAACAAGGCUCUCAACAACAAGAGCUCGCUUCAAGCAGACUUGGAGUCCAAACGGAUCGACUGCUUGCGUAGUCUCAACCAGAUCGAGAAGCUAGUGAACCGUGAGCAGACGGAAGAUAAACUCAUCGGCGACGGUAAGCUCUUUGUUGAAAUCAUAAACUUGACACUUUUGGCGAGAAGUAUAAUUCCAACGAAAUUGCGGUCUGAGUUCCACCAUGAUUUGAAUGAGCUUGCAAUGGCUAGCUCUGACGAGAACCUGAGCUCGACCAAGGGUAUGAUCAAUCGGAUUUGGAACAUGUACUCACCAUAUUUCCGGCGCUAA